GGCAUCGCAUUUCGCUUAGUACGGACUUAGACUGUUCUAAGUGGCGGUCGUGCACGCCGGUGUCCGAUCACGACGACGACGACGACGACGACGAGGUCGUCUUUUUAGAACGCGUGACAGAGAUAUUACCAGACUUUAACGAGAGUUUACAGCUGCCUGUUGCUGGACACUGUGGAACACUCUCGUCUUCUCACGUCGCCUACGCCUGCUUGCGUAAACCGGAUGCUCGUCACUGCCGCGCUAAUACGAAUUCGGUAGCCGUGGCUAAUUUUCUCGAGCGUAGUGUGAAUAUUUCAGCGAUAUAUAACUGUGUCAAGUGACAACGAUCGUGACAGUGACACUGAAGUGCGCGUGGCCUACGUGCCACGCCAGUAACUUGUGCUAGUAGAAAGACACGAUACGAUUAAUCUUUGUCAAUACCAGAUCAUCCGAAUAUCUUUUACGUUUAUAUGACAUAAGAAGAAGAGACACGUGUGUAACGAAGAGCGUGGCUAUAGUUUCGCGAAGAACUACGAACGAUCCACUUGAAAGUCGACGUCCCGGUUGCCGUCGCAUGAUAUUUCAAAACAAGCAAACUCGCGUGUGCGCCCUCGUGCUUGUCGGCAGUACUGUGAAUCGCGCUAGAGGGAGAUAACCGAAGAGAGAGGGAAUACGGAGGAUCCCGUAUACAGUGGAAAAAGCGAAACAGAAGGAUACAAGUGAAAGAGACAGAAAGUAAAAAGGAUUCAGUGAAGAGAGGGAACAGUCACGUAUUUACUCUUCUACGGUGGUAUGAAGCUAACCUAAAAACCGAUUCUCGGUCCGUUUUGUGCGUAUACCAUCGAUGGGCACGAUUCAGCAGCGCAUGCGCAGAAGAAAUUGUGUGUACAUUGUGCGCGAAUUCCGAUUAUUGUGGUCCUCCCAGGAAUACGGUAUUGUUCAAUUGCGCGGCAAACAAAAUAGACCGAUCGAACGUGUGUUGUGAAAAGUGUUUCAUGGAAAAUAAAAUUAUCAAUGUUUCUAAAGUGAUAAUCGUGUUACGUGCCUCGUGUUACGUUUCUACAUUCAGAGAGGAGGGAAAAGGCAAAGGCAAAGGAAAAGGAAAAGGAAAAGGAAAAGCAACGACAAGUUUAAGCCGAACGAAGCGUCAUAUUAUAGGAGAAGAAUAAUAUUAAAAAUAAUCAUACUGCGAAUUGUGUCGGGGCGAAUGUAUGACGGAUCAUGGUUUCUGCGUCCGGCCCUACAGGGAUCCUAGCGGGACGCCCUUCUGGUUCUCAGUGCCCUCAGGGUUCGCUGUCGUCGCAAAAUGGAAGUGCUUCGAAAAUUCAUAACGAUAAAAAUGCCAAAAGUCUGGAGAACGCGAAGCAACGACACGAAUCGGAUCUUUACAUCAGGCCGAGCUGGACCGAUGCAGCGAUAGCGUUAGAUCAACUGGAAAAGGGCAAAGCAGAAGGUCAGAGGUCUGCGGUGUGGAUCAGGGCAAGGCUGCAGGAUCAGCUGAGUCAGCUGGGCUACUUCCUGCAGAGGCACGCAGGCAAGGUCCUGUUCCUCGCGAUCGUCGCUUUGGCUACGUUCUGCGUUGCCCUCAAGUCCGCUCAAGUUCACAGCAAGGUCGAACAGCUUUGGGUUCAAGAGGGUGGAAGACUGCAAAAAGAGUUAACCUAUGCCUCGGAAGCGCUGGGGGAAGCGGCCGCAUCGACGCACCAGCUCGUCAUCCAAACGCCGAGGCAUUCCGGGGCGAAUAUUUUGCACCCUGCCGCACUCAAGGAACAUUUAGCGAUCCUGAAGGCGGCGACGCAGGUCACCGUACACCUGUUCGAAAUCACGUGGAAGCUGAAAGACAUGUGUUACGCGCUGAACAUACCCAACUUCGACAUGCACUACAUCGACCAGAUAUUCGACAGUAUCAUACCGUGCGCCAUCAUUACUCCGCUCGACUGUUUCUGGGAAGGCAGUAAACUCUUGGGACCGGAAUACCCUGUCCACAUACCUGGCACGCAAACAAACAAGCCGGUCCAGUGGACGAAUCUGAAUCCAUUCGGAAUGCUGGACGAGAUGAAGAAACUUCAAUUCAUGUUUCCCUUCAAAAUUCUGGAAGACUACAUGAAGAGAGCCGGGAUAACGAACGGCUACCAAAGCAAACCUUGCCUCGACCCAACGGAUCCGGAGUGCCCGGAAACCGCGCCCAACAAAAAAUCCCAACAGGUACCAGACAUAGGAGCCGAAUUAACGGGUGGCUGUUACGGUUUCGCGGCGAAAUAUAUGCACUGGCCGGAGGAGCUGCUGGUUGGCGGUGCCAAGCACAAUAAGACUGGUCACUUGACCCGCGCAGCUGCGCUGCAAACCGUUGUGCAGCUGAUGGGAGAACGAGAGCUUUACGAUUUCUUCGCCGGCACCUACAAGGUGCACCACAUCGAUUGGUCCCAGGAGAAGGCUGCCCAAGUGCUAGAGACCUGGCAACGGGCGUUCAGUAAUCAGGUGAAGAAGCAUCUAGACGCAAAUGGCUCGGCACCGUACAAUUUGUACGCGUUCAGCACCACCACCAUGAACGACAUACUUGGAAAGUACAGCGAGCUAUCCGUUAUGAAGAUCGCCAUUGGUUGCACACUGAUGUUACUGUACGCUGGUAUAGUGCUUCUUCGAUGGAAGGACCCGGUGCGUUCGCAAGCAGGCGUUGGGAUAGCGGGAGUAACGUUGAUCUGCGCGACUGUGGCGGCUGGUUUGGGGUUCUGCGCCCUCCUGGGAAUCCCCUUCAACGCAGCCACCACUCAGAUCGUCCCGUUCCUAGCCCUCGGACUCGGGGUCCACGACAUGUUCCUAUUGACACACACGUACGCCGAGCUUUCGGUGAACGAAGUGCCUAGCGGAGAGCAGACAGGUGUGGUCCUCAAAAGGACAGGUCUGUCCGUCCUGCUGGCAGGGCUCAGCAACGUCUCGGCCUUCUUCGCGGCUGCAAUCAUCCCCAUUCCCGCGCUUCGAGUCUUCUGUCUGCAAGCUGGAAUAUUGUUGCUGUUCAAUCUGGCCGCCAUGCUGCUCGUCUUCCCAGCUAUGGUCAGCUUGGACCUGAGACGACGUCGGUCUGGUCGUUCGGACAUCUUCUGUUGCUGCCUGCCGUCCAACGCAGGGAGGAACAGGUACGCGAACCGACUGAGCAACGGCGCCGCCAAGCAAACGAUGACCAGAUCGAUCCCACCGGAACGACGCGAGACUUGUACGCAGAUCUUGACUUCGCAGAACGCGCAGAACGAGUCCUGGGUCGGGGGGAACAUCGAAGUGGAUCUGGACAAACAGUGCUCCGAGGAGGAUACCCUGACCGGCUGCAGUCAGGAUGACUGUCUGAGCUUUUCUUUGACUCAUAUGGCCGCUAGGCAUUACGCCCCUUUCGUCACCAGACCAGCGACCAAGGUGUUUGGGAUGAUGAUCCUGAUCGCUGUUCUAGCGGGCAGUGUCUGGCAGGCUAUCAAAGUGAACGAUGGUCUCGAACUAACCGACCUGGUCCCACAGAAUUCCAAUGAACACGCUUUCCUGGCCGCUCAAGCAAAACACUUCGGAUUCUACAAUAUGUACGCUGUUACGGGCAGGGAUUUUGAGUACCCUACCAAUCAGAAGUUAUUGUACGAGUAUCACGACGCCUUCAUGAGGAUAAAGAACGUGAUCAAGAACGACAACGGAGGUCUUCCAGAGUUCUGGUUGAGUCUGUUCAGGGACUGGCUGAGAGGGCUGCAAAGCGCUUUCGACAAGGACUACAACAGUGGCUGCAUCACACAGGAGAGGUGGUACAAAAAUGCCAGCGACGAAGCGAUUCUAGCUUACAAAUUACUGGUGCAAACUGGUCAUGUCGAUAAUCCCAUCGACAAGUCUCUGGUUACCCAGGUCAGAUUGGUCGACUCCGAGGGCAUCAUCAAUCCUCGUGCCUUUUACAACUAUCUAAGCGCAUGGGUGUCGAACGACGUGUUAGCCUACGGUGCUUCUCAAGCGAACUUGAGACCAGAACCAAGGCAGUGGAUCUAUACCAACGAUCACGAAUUGAAGAUUCCAAAGAGCAUGCCCUUGACGUACGCGCAGAUGCCGUUUUAUCUUCAUAAGCUCACCGACACGCAAGAGAUCACCGAGCUAAUAGGCAGCGUAAGAAAGUUGUGCAGAAAGUUCGAGGAACGGGGAUUACCAAAUUUUCCCUCCGGCAUACCGUUUCUAUUUUGGGAACAGUACAUGGAUCUGAGAAGUUGCCUAGGCAUCGCUCUGCUCGCUGCUCUAGCGGCCAGUGUCGCGGUCAUUGGAAUAUUGCUGUUGAAUCUCUGGGCAGCUCUGCUGGUCGGGACUUGUUUGGCCGGGGUUGUCCUACAACUUCUCGGAAUUAUGGGCCUCUGCGACAUCAAACUGAGCGCUGUUCCGGCUGUCUUGUUGGUUCUCAGCGUCGGGAUCGCUGUACAUUUUACGGUGCACAUUUGUCUGAGUUUCGUUACGAGUAUCGGAAGCAGGGAUCGAAGGAUUCGUCUAGCUUUGGAGCACAUGUACGCGCCAGUAAUUCAUGGAGCUCUUACGACACUACUGGCAAUCGCGAUGUUAGCCUUCUCGGAGUUCGAUUUCAUCGUUAGAUACUUCUUCUUGGUACUCCUGUGCCUUAUUGGAAUCGGCUUGGUGAACGGGCUCUUCUUCUUCCCCAUUUUGCUAUCGUUGAUUGGGCCAUCUCCAGAAGUGAUACCCAACGAGCAUCCGGAUCGUAUUUCAACGCCGACUCCUCCUGCCUCGCCGAUUGUUAGAAGAUCGAAGCCACCUGCGCCUCCGAGAAGAUCGUACAAAAUUGAUAAUGCUAGGUUACACGCUGAACCCUCGCUGACCACAAUCACCGAGGAACCCAAUUCCUGGCACAGUACGCAAGAAUCUUGCAUUAUAGUUCAGCCAGAAUUGAAGGUCGAAACAACGUCUACGUGUGGCAAUCAGAAUUGUAGCGGAUCAGAUACAAGUGGGUCUAGUCGAAUGUCACCAGUGACAUCAACAUCUCAUAUCACAACUAAGGUCACUGCGACAGCUAAUAUCAAGGUUGAAGUUCACACACCGUUAACCAUAGGUACAGUGGAUCGUAGCGAGAAAUGCAGGCACACGGGUUCCACUAGCCGAAGGAGCUCGCGCUGCAGUGCGAACGUUAAUGCUGGGGAGUCUUCCGGUUCCAGUUCUGAACCGGAUUCAGACUCUAACCCAAACAAACAUUAACAAUAAGUACCGGGAAGACCGGCAGCUACUGCUCAAGUACCAUGCAAAGCGGGAACAUACAGAAGGCUGACUAGGAUAGAUUUAUAGUCUCUCUUUUUCCUCUUUUCUUUAGUAAUGUAUAUGUACACCGAUGUGCGAGUACCCCUAAAUCUUGAAUACUAAUUACAUUAUUCGAGAUACGUUCGCAGAAAAUUUUAGUAUUUAUUUAACCCUGCGUUCAAAUUACAGCCAUUAUUGUGUUUCACUAAAUCACUGUCGGUUGACUCACCUAUUUUAUAUAUAUAUAUAUAUAUAUAUAUAUAUUUUCUUUGUCUUUUUUCACAAACUCCUGUUACAGUAAACCUGUUACACAAACCCAUAUAGUAAAAAUAGAAAGAAAAAAAUGGCUGUAAUUUGAAAGCAAAGUCAAAUACUAAAUACUUUUGUAUGAACUUUUUUUAUUGCCUUUUAUACCCUCCGUCCCAGAUGUUAUGAAACACCCUAUACAUUAAGAAUUAGUCACUGCCAAUGCGGACAAAUCUCGAUUAACGUGAAACAUUAAAGUUCCCUAAUAAUGAUUUUAAUUCGGUGGGUAUUCACACAUCAGUAUUAAUAGAACGUGUUUGUCUUAAAUGAACUUAAAGAAAAAGAAACAAAAGUAUUAUGAACUCAAAAAAAAAAUGCUUUUAUAUUCACUGAAUCGAUACGCACAGUGAAAUAUUGUAUAUAAAUGUUUUCAAAGACGCAUUUACGUAUCGUACAUUCAAUGCAGACAGUGCACGAAUGAAAUAUUCAUUUAUUUCUUCAUCGUAUUGAAUGUGUGAUAGUCAUCGGAGAUAAAUGAAACGAUAUGUUUAAUGACUCAACUUAGGAGCACAUCAAAGAAAAUAUUAUUUUACUACGCUCUGUGGUAUACGACGGUUUCCAUGAAACUAUAAGAAUAUUAUUUUACAAAUUAGAAAAUUUUUUAUUGUCUCAUGUACAACUAUAUACGGCGGAGAUGUUAUUAAAUGCACAGAAUUUGAACAAUUAUUUUAAUUUUUAUUUAUAUUAUUGUUAAUAAUAACUCGUAAACUCUGUUAUGUAAAACAAAUAUUCUAAUGUGUAAUAUCUUUUUUUUUUUUUUUUUUAAAUCAUCUUCAAUCGUCAUAAAUAUGAAACUCUAAUGAAAUAUUUUCCUUUAGAUUAGAAGAUACGAAUAGUAUUAUACGCAUAAUGUGUGUAUUGAAGUUUAUUGCGAAUGACGACGCAUUAUUUUUGAGUGAAUAAAAUGCAUUUAUUGAAUCAUUUGUACCUAUUUGGGUACUUAGAUAGCCGAACGUUUACAGAUUACGUUUACGUAAUACUGCUAGAGAUAACUUCUUCUAAUUUAGAAGUAAUUACGAAAAUGUAGACUAUUCGCGACGUUUCUUAUAACGACUACAAUGUGGUGCCUUGAAAAAUGAUUAUAAAAUUUCGGGUAAUUACUAUUUAUUAUAUAUUGCUAACAGUGACGUGCAGUGUGUAUAUGACUCAAAGGAUAUUAAGCCUAAAAUUUAUUUAUUAUUUAUUUACGUCUUCACUUUGAUAUCACGAUUAUUUAAAACAAUUCGUUUUGUACAAUGCCUAUUUCAUACGAUAACUUGUAAAAAAAUAUUUUAAUUAUUUAUGUCACUUCUAUAUAAUAUUUUUAUAUAAAAUCGUUACUUAAUUUAAAUAAAAUAAGUCAAUUUAUAUGAUUCGUACCUCUAAUGUAAAAAGGUGUAAUAUAUUAUUCAACGAAUGAAAAAAGAUGUUCUAUUAUAGAUAUAGAAUCUUUAUUUGUGCAUAUAAGAAACGUUUUCAUAAGGAAAAGAAUAGUCAAUGUACCUCCAUUAUGCAUCCUCAAUUUGAUCACAGUUAUAAUGUAUGUGCUUUGUAAACAUACUCUGAAAUAUAAAGACAAUAAUGUUCCCUAAUUCGAAGAUUUCUUGUGGAGGUACAACAAUUACCUUUCUGUUACUUGUAGUACUACAAAAGCUCAUUAUUUUUAUAUAUUGAAUAUAGAAGCGAUUAAUUGUAUGAUUUAUAAUCUUCAUUUGUACAUAAAUAUAAUUAUAAUAUUAUAAUAAUUUAAAGUACAUUUAAUUUCUCAUUUCAACCCUACCGGUACCGGUAACAAAGGCAUGUCUGGUCUUGGUGUCAUACCCGGCGGUGGGGUCACCUUCCCCUCCGUUGACUUAGAUCGCCAUUUUCCCUAGAGAGACACCGAGGGUGCUACAUAUGUAUGUAUGUAUGUAUGUAUGUAUGUAUGUAUGUAUAUAUGUAUAUACCGAAAUCCCCGCACCUGUUUCUUGAGUCGCGCGGAAGUGAAAAGAGAUAAACAAUAAAUUUCUCGAGACUAGGGUUCUUGCAAACAAUGCACUUGCCUAAACUGGUGAAUCGUCUUCGAGGCUGCAACAGCACCUGCGAGAAAUUUCUUAUCAGACUGUAUGUCGUGACAGAAGUCUGUGAAUAAGGCAUGGUGCGCUACGCCAACUCGAGAUCUCCUUUAGAGAGGAUUAAAUUGUAGAGUCGUAUCGAGCGAGUAAUUGUCAUUCGUCAGAGAUUUGUGCAUCCGAACGAACCCUUGAUAUCGUCACAUCAAUGCACUCCAGUGUUCAUUCUUAUUUCUAUCAAAGAAUUACAUAAUAUACGUGCAUGAGUCACAGGGUGAAUAGGUGGGACGUGCAAACGUCAAAAUCGUGCUUCAGCGAUUUUCUUGCAUUUUAGCUUGGAUCUGAUCAAGGAACACUAACAAGGAAUUUACAAUGAACAAGAAACUUUCCAGUAAACAAAAAGAAUACCACUGAGAAAUGGCAAUUUUCAGAUUGAAAAUACCAAAGUGUAGACGGAUGAUUUCAUAGCUGUGGAAACUGUCAUCGUCUGAUUAUAGUGGCAACCAGGUAUUUCUUAAUCGAACAAAGUAGCUGUCCCUAUUGCAUUUAUUAUUGAAAAAUGCCAGCACCACCUCCACCUCUCUCAAGUUUGCCAGAGGCACCUAUGUGU